CGGGACACAUGGCGGAAGUUGAAAGCCGUGUUGUGUUUACCUGAGCGGCGGCAGCAGCAGCAUGAUCCGUCAGUGAUCAACUCACCGCGUCUGUCUCCUCUUCUCUCAUGUGUCGGUGGCGUUGAACCGCUGCAGCGUCGGUGAGUCAACAUGUCGGGCUUCAGCGCGGAGCUCAUCGAUUACCUGGAGGGAAGGAUCACGUUCGAGGAGUUCGACCAGAGGAGAGACGAGCGGAAGGCGAAGGAGUCGGGGGUCUCGGUUGAAGAGGAGGAGGAGGAAGAGGAGGAAGAGGAGGAGGAGGCUCAGCCCUCCACCUCGGCACAAGUCCCGGGGAAAAUCGAGGGAGUCAGCCCAGGGGUCCAGCUGGCCUUCGCCUCCAUUCUAGGAGAAACAUUAGAGCCCCCAUCUUCUGAAGAGGAGGAUGAGGAGGAGCAAAAGGAGGAAGAAGAAGAGGAGGAGGAAGAGGAGGAAGAAGAAGAGGAGGAGGACAGCCUGAGCUAUGUGGAUGACGAAGAUGAUAAGGAUUACAAGGUGCAGGAAAAGGUGCGGCCGGUGGAGGUGGGGCUGUCAGACAAGAGCCCGAGGCGAAGGAGCAGAGGAGGGAAAGGAGCAAGGAGAAAGAAGAAGGAUGUGGAGGCAGAGGUGGAGUUGGAGGUGGAAGAUCCGACGGUGGGAGACAUAUUCGCUCUGGAGAUGGAGCUGAACCGAGAAAACAAGAAGAUGAUGAAGGGGCGGCGCCAUCGCAGCAAGCUGCCCCGAGCCCUGAGGGGUCUGAUGGGAGAAGCCAACAUCCGCUACGCCAGAGGAGACAAAGAGGACGCCAUUCUGAUGUGCAUGGAGAUCAUCAGACAGGCUCCUCUGGCCUACGAACCUUUCUCCACGUUGGCCAUGAUCUACGAGGACGACGGCGACGUGGACAAAGCUCUGCAGUUCAGUCUGAUCGCCGCCCACCUGAACCCCUCCGACUGUGAGGAGUGGAUCCGACUGGCCGAAAUAUCCCUGGAGCAGGACAACAUCCGACAGGCCCUGGUCUGCUACAGCAAAGCCAUCAAGUACGACUCCACCAACGUGCGCUACCUGUGGGAGCGCUCCAGCCUCUACAUGCGUCUGGGGGAGAACAAGCAGUGCAUGGACGGCUACCGCAGGAUCCUGUCGCUGCUGCCGCAGGAGGACGGAGAGCACUUCAUGCAGAUCUCUAAGGACAUGGCCAAAAGUUACUAUGAUAGUAAUGACUUUCCUUCAGCUCUGAGUGUGAUUGAAGAAGCUCUGGAACGACACCCGACCCUGGUCAGUGACGACUUCAUCAACAUGGCAGCUGAGCUCUACAUCUCCAGCCGAAAGUACAACAAGGCCAUGAAGGUCUUGGUCCAGUUUUCAGGUAUAGUUUUGAUCAGGGUGGAAUCUCAAUCCGACUCCACGGAGCCGACUCUAGAGGACAAAGAGAAAGAGAAAGAGGAAACAAUGGAGACGGCAGAGACCACAGAGGAGCAGGAGAAGAAGAGUGAGGAGGACACAAAGACGACAGAGGAAGAUACAGCAGAGGAGACCAGUGAAAUUAUAGAUGUAGAGGUACCAGACUCUGUCCCAGUGGACCUGAGGGCCAAGCUAAUUGUCUGCCUCAUACACCUACGCUUCUACACCCCCCUGGAGAGCCUGGUGCCGUCACUGAUGGAGCAGAGUCCAGAGGAGAUUGGGGACUUGUACCUGGAUGUGGGGGAAGCCUACCUGGAGGAGGGCGAGUACAUGGCCGCUCUGCCUCUGCUGUCGGCCCUCGUCAUAUCCGAAAAGUACAACCUGGCUGUGGUGUGGCUCCGACACGCAGAGUGCCUGAAGGCGCUGGGCCACAUGGAGGGGGCGGCAGAUGGCUUCACCAAGGUGGUGGAGAUGGCCCCGCAGCACCUGGAGGCCCGGCUCUCCCUGGCCACCCUGCAGCAGCAGCUGGGCCGGCCAGAGCGUGCCCUCAAGGCCCUGGAGUCCAUGUAUGACAGUGACACACUGUCUCAGGACUCGUCAGCUGCACAGAAGGAGUUGAAGCUGCUUCUGCAUCGUUCCACGCUGCUGAAGACCCAGGGACAAAUACAGGAUUACCUGGACGCUAUGAUCACCAUGAUCUCCAUGCUGCUGAAGGUGGCCAUGCAGCGAGCCAAUGUGUGUGUGUGCUCUGUCACUGUGUCGGGUGAGACCCACCUGAAGCUGGUGAAGGUCAAAGACGUGAUGCCGGAGAUACCUGACCAUGUAGCUGCCUAUCUGGACAACACUGGUAAAACCAACGUUCUGACCAGAGAGGACUGGUGGCAGCUGCUGGUGAGCUGUGUGCUGACGAUGUGUGAGGUGCACCGCUACGCAGAGGCCGAUCUGCUGGUGGAGUCCGCCAUGGAGUUUUACUCCUUCUACGACAACAAGCCCAAGAGGAAGGAGAUGGAGUUCUUCGGCCUGUCUGCCACCAUCCUGGACCACAACUACUUCAAUGCCUACAACUACAUUAGACUGAUGCUGAUGGAAAACGUGGAUCUUCCUCAGCUGUGGAACAUUUUCAACCAGUUGACGAGAAGCUCCAAGCACCAGCGACACCAUCGCUUCUGUCUCCGCCUGCUGUUAAAACACCCUGACAACCACGCCUUGUGUGUCCUGUGUGGACACAACGCCAUGGUGUCAGGGAGCUUCAAACACGCACUGGGGCAGUACGUGCAGGCCUUCCAGACUCACCCCAACAACCCUCUCCACAGUCUGUUUGUGGGUCUCACCUUCUUCCACAUGGCCUCACAGAAAUAUGUAGCCAAGCGACACAUCCUGGUGAUGCAGGGUUUCUCUUUCCUGUGGCGCUAUGUGGAGCUGCGUGGAGAGUGUCAGGAGAGCAUGUACAACGUGGGCCGAGCGCUGCACCAGAUGGGCCUCACACAUUUGGCCAUUCAUUACUACCAGAAGGCUCUUUCACUGCCCCCACAGAAGCUGGAGGGUAUUGCUGAAGAUCAGGUGGAUCUGAGGAGGGAAAUCGCCUUCAACCUGUCCCUCAUCUACCAGGCCAGCGGGAACAUAGAGAUGACUCGGCAGAUCAUCAACACUUACUGUGUAGUUUGAAAUCGCACACAAACGCCUCAUCGUCUUUUCUUAGAGUUUCUGAUUUAAUUUCCUGCAAGAACUGCACUGUGAAAGUCUGGAGGACAAAGACUGUAUCAUUCAUCGAUAAAAACAAAUAAUUU